AUGCCGCGCGCCUCAAAACGGACCAUAGAGGACUAUGCGAAUCGGUCGGACUCGAGUGACGAAGAUUACAAUGACCGAGCGCCGCGAUCGCGAAAAGCCCCCGCAUCCAAAUCGAAGUCCAAGAAGCGUCCUGUUAAAAAGCAGAAACGAAGAGAACUCUCCGAUGAUGAAAUAUCUGAAAUAUCGGACGAGCCGUCGAUCGAGGACGAAAUCGAGGAGGAUGAUGAUGAAGAAGAUAAUCCACACGUGGAGAGGACCGCAAGGGGUUCAAUAAAGAGACAAGCAGCAAAGAACGUAAAGCUUCAUAUAGACUCGAGUUCGGAGGAUGAUUUUUCUGAAGAGGAGGAGGAAGAGGAAGAGCAGACCUCCCGACAAGCGGAGCCGAGUGCCAACCAGCCCCGGUUAUUGCUGAAGUUUUCUGUACCACGGCAUCAAGAAACACCAGCAGCUUCCCGUACUACUAGGUCUACGCGAGGCAGAAGCGCCAGCAUUAAGGAAACGGAGAGUAAAUUUGCUGCUCGCUUCGGAAAUAGACGGGUUACACGCCAGAACCGCGAUGAAUCGGAGGAUAUUGUCGCCCUGUCUGGCUCCGGACGCCACGUGGAAACAGUGCGCCAGGGGACACGUAGCCCUGAAGUUACGACACGCAGUCGCAAGGCUGUACCAGAAGCCGUGACAGCUGAUGCCAUCGUGGAAGAGCAAGAAGAAGAUUCCAAGGUUGAGCAGAGCCUAGCCGAGCACGAACAACUCCCAGACGCUGUUGAAGGUUCGCCGCGGGAGGUUAUGGAGAGCGGUUUCGAGGAGGAGCUGUUUGCGAUUGUUGCAACAGAUGAGAUGCAUCCAGCGGCAGGGACACAGAAACCAGCUGAAGACCAGGAGAUGGCUGACGAAGGAUUUGUACCCGAGUCCGAACAUGGCGAAGAAGACGAUGAGGAGGAUGAAGCGCCAAGAUCGGGCACGAGGACUCGACCACAACGAAAAAGAGAGGAUAAUGUUGACGAAGAAGUAGAAGGAGAUGAGGAAGCAGAGGAAAAGGAGAUUCAGCCGCUUCGCCGUUCUAGCCGAAAAACUGCGGGGAAGCUUUCGCGAAAACAACAAGAUGAUGGGAGCGACUUUGAUCCUGGCGAGGAUGAAGCUAUGGACGAUGAUCUCUCCGAUUCGGAAGUUUCCCAAGCUUCCCCCCGUAAACAAAGUCAAAAUAAUGACGAAGGGGAAGAUAGUAGCAACGGUCGUCGAUCACGUUUACGCAAGCGCGGUGGCAAUUCGCAAGGUGGUGCGGAGUCUGAAGCUGAUGAACUCGCCGUUGAAUUGGCAGAGUUGAAACGCAGCCGCCCUCGUCGACGCGUGGAGCCCGAAAUUGUUUAUGAAAAGCCCCGUCGAGCCAGAAAAUCUGUCGACUACAGAAUCAUUAGGCCAGAGCUAGCUUUGCCGUUAGAAGAAGCUGAAAACGAGGUUGCUGAAUCUCCUUCCCGUCGGCCUCGCGGUGGAGGGGGCGGUUGGCAAAGGAGCUUGCUUUCUACCUAUGGUCCCUUUGGAGGUGGUGGGCCUCCACCUCUUUUAGGCGGCCCACAUCCAUUAGGCGCUAUCGGAGGUGUGGAGAGCGAUAGCAGUGAUGAUGAUGCUAUUCAACGACCUAAACCUGGAGGAUUGCCAGGAGUGCAGCCGGCAACCGGACUCGCUAACACUGGGAAUCUCUCGGCACAAUUUCAUAGCAAUGAUGCCGCACAAGGACCAUCCGGAACACCGGCGAACAUGGGCAAAAUCAAAGACCGACAAGCUUUAGCAGACUCUGAUCCCUUAGGGGUUGACCCUAACGUCAAUUUUGACAGCGUUGGUGGACUGCAAGGGCAUAUUGAUCAACUGAAAGAGAUGGUUUCUCUGCCGUUGCUCUAUCCAGAGGUCUUUCAAAAACUUCGUAUUGUUCCUCCUCGUGGUGUUCUGUUCCAUGGGCCCCCAGGUACAGGAAAGACUCUGUUAGCCAGAGCUUUAGCAACAAGCGUUAGUACCGAGGGCAAGAAGGUAACCUUCUACAUGAGAAAGGGAGCGGAUGCCCUUAGUAAAUGGGUGGGCGAGGCGGAAAGGCAGCUGCGUCUCCUUUUUGAAGAGGCCCGGAAGAAUCAGCCCAGCAUCAUUUUCUUUGACGAGAUUGACGGUCUUGCCCCCGUCAGAUCGAGUAAGCAAGAGCAAAUCCAUGCAUCUAUUGUUUCAACUCUGUUGGCGUUAAUGGAUGGCAUGGACGGUAGAGGCCAAGUGAUUGUUAUUGGCGCAACGAAUCUACCCGACUCUAUAGAUCCGGCUCUAAGGCGUCCUGGGCGGUUUGAUCGCGAAUUCUAUUUCCCUCUUCCUGAUACAGACGCCCGCAGGGCUAUUAUAAAUAUCCAUACGAAGAGUUGGGAUCCACCGUUAUCAAAUGAAAUAAAGGAUGAACUGGCAGAAUUGACAAAGGGAUAUGGUGGUGCCGAUCUCCGUGCUCUUUGUACGGAAGCGGCAUUGAAUGCGGUCCAACGGAUAUAUCCUCAAAUAUAUCAAUCAAAGGAACGACUGUUGAUUGAUCCUGCAAAGAUCCGUGUUACCCCGAAGGAUUUCAUGAUAUCUUUGAAAAAGAUGGUUCCUUCCUCUGAGCGGUCAACCUCAUCAGGUGCCUCUCCCCUCCCGCCUGUCGUUGAGCCUCUGCUGCGACAUGCCCUCCAAGAAAUUAAGGAGAUAGUUCGCCGGAUUUUGCCGCAGAAGAAGGCACUGACCGCCUUGGAGGAGGCGCAAUACGAGCAGCCGGAUGACGAUGCUGGGUUUAGACAUGAACGUAUACAGCAAGCAUUCGAAAAAUCCCGUGUUUUUAGACCAAGGCUUUUGAUCCGUGGACGGCCGGGCAUGGGCCAGCAAUACUUGGCAGCUGCGGUGCUGCAGCAUCUUGAGGGAGUCCAUGUUCAGUCUUUUGAUCUUCCUACACUCCUCAGUGAUCCCAUCAAGUCUCCGGAAACAGCGAUUGUUCAUCUUUUCGCAGAAGUCAAGCGUCAUAAACCAAGUGUUAUCUACAUUCCCAAUAUUGAAACUUGGUAUCAUACGGUGGAAAAGACGGUUAUCUCGGCGUUUCUUGGAUUGCUGCGAUCUCUUCCCCCAACGGAUCCGGUUUUGCUGCUGGGGGUGUUAGAGGGCGAUGGGGAGGAAGCCGAUCAGGAAAUCAUGAAGUCUUUGUUUGGUUUCUCAAAGAAAAAUCGAUAUGAUCUCCUUGCACCCAUGGACGCAUGGCGGCACGAAUUUUUCGAGGCGGCGAUGAGAUAUAUCAUGACAGCUCCGACUGAUUUUCCUGAUCCGGAAAAUCGAAAGAAGCGAGUCCUUGAGACCUUAGAAAAGGCACCUCCAGCCCCUCCCCAGGCUCCCCUUCCGCCCACCAAGGAAGAGCUGAAGGCACAGAAGAAGAAGGACCGUCAAACUUUGAACUUGCUAAAGAUUCGAAUUCAACCCAUAAUGGACCAAAUCAAGAGAAGUUACAAAAGAUUCCGUGCUGGCCCGGUUGACGAGGCUCAAAUUCGAUAUUUGUUCGAUGAUAAUGACCCAAACAUCGUCACAUCUGAUCUUCCAUUGGAACAAAGAACCACCUUCCGGCCUUUUGAAACGGAUGAAGACAAAGCUGGCGUCCCUGGGCUCCGAGAGGUUGUGUCGGGUAAAUUCUAUUAUAAUAUCGACAUUGUGAUUAUCGAAAAACGUUUGUCAAACGGCUAUUACAAACGACCAAAGGACUUCCUUGCGGAUAUCAAACGUCUGGCAAAGGAUGCAAAGACACUUGACGACCCUGACCGCCUGUUGAAAGCCAAUGAACUUUUGUCUAAUGUCGAAGUUGAUAUCGGCCUUAUUGAGCAAACCGAGCCUGCUUUAGUUGCGGAGUGCGAAAAUGUAUACCUUCGGGAGCUGGAACGAGAACGCCAGGCUAUUGAAAAAGCGAAGCAAUCCGAAAAUCCCACUAAUGCAAUGGGUCCUCCUCCACCACUGAAUGUUGCUCAUGGUGUCGAAUCGUCAAACCAGUCCACCGGGCCUGUUGUCUUGGGCGAAAGUUUUGGAAACACGUGUCACGGCUUGGGUGCUCGGCCGCUUACUCCUCAAACAGGAAAUACUUCUUUGACGAAUGGAGUUCCCCCACAGCAUGGUUCAGAUGUCCACCAAAGUGCGUGCUAUCCGAACAGCGAGGGAUCUACUUCGAUAUUCAAUCGGAGUGGGAAUGGCGAUGCGGACAUUCAAAUGUCCAACUCCGAAGAUACGUCUGGCUUCAGCCGAGAAACUCAGAACAGCUCGUUUGGACAGUCCGCCCAGCCGAGACCGCCACAUUCCUAUACAGCGCCAUCCCAGCAACUUCGACAGCAAUCUGGCCUUUCUAACUUGUCGCAAAAGGGUACAAUGACCCCAAUGGCGCCAGGUUCUCAGCCAGGUGAUUAUGCCAAUGAUGCGUCAACCACCCAGACUACUUCGGAUAAGAAGAAUUCGGGUCACUCUGAGGUGCAGCUCCAUACACAGACCUCCCUUAAUUUUUCUAUGAGACACGAAGGCCCCGAUCUUAACCUCUACCCAUCCCGUGUUUCAGGCGAUGAACAUCUGCCUGAUACUCAACAGGGAGAAAGUGCCUGGGGGUCGCAGCAAACACCAUUAACAAGUGGCGGAGAAUUCUCUCAGAUUAGUCUGCUUAAUGGAAGUCAAUCGCAACCGAGAUAUUCGCAACCGGGGUCUCAACCUCCCGUGCCCCUGUUCCAUACUCCUCGAGCGAGCAACCAGCUUCAAGGCCUCCUCAAUCCAGAAGAGAAGCCGCGCAACCCAGAACUUCUUAUUGAUCAUGCGUUUAUAAAGCAACUGCACUUAGAACUCACCGCCAAAACGGAUGGAUUCUCCGUGGAGCACUUGGAGCAGAUCAACACCAGUCUGAUGGACUGUAUUUGGAGCAUGCGUGGUGAAUGGAACAGGAGGCGUGUUGCGGAAGCAGUCAAGAGAGAAUUUGAAGAAGUUCUCCAGGAUAUUGAAUCCAUGCAACAUUUUUGAUUAAUUUGCUGUUUUAGCCCAGAGUCACAGGUGGAAUGGGAUUCUAUUAUGUGGCAUCAAAUGUGAUAUUCUCUUCUCCAGCUUGUGUAUUUUUCUUUCGGCGGAACAUAUCUAGUUGGUUUGGCGUCAGGUGGUCUCCUAUGUCAAUGACUUGCAAAAGAAUACCUUUUCCUUUCUGUUGAUACACAUUUUCUUUGAAUAAAGGUUUGGUGCUUUGAUGGAUGUUGUCAAUAUUGUGAGAUCUUUAGGCUGUUCAUAAUGUUAUUUGAGCCUGGAGUAACAGUGGUAACUAGCAAGGCAGACAUGAAAUGAUCAGUACCUGGACAUUGAAAUCCACAGGACUGUCCUUGGAAA